AUGCCCUCUGUGUUUGGGAUUUUCUGGAUUAACUUGGUAUACACAACUUCUUCUUUCUCCAAAUUUUAUAAGCAGUCCACUGUCUCAGAAGUCAGUAACAACAACAAUGGAGGCCUUCUUAUUCAUUUCUGGAUCGUAUUUGUGGUACCACAGGCGAAGGGGCAAGUGCUGUGUGAGGAUUGUGUGGCUGCCAUUUUAAAGGAUUCCAUUCAGACAAGUAUCAUUAACCGGACUUCGGUGGGAAGUCUUCAGGGCCUUGCAGUCGACAUGGAUUCCAUUGUCCUAAGUGCAGGUCUUCGGUCAGAUUAUUGGUCAACAACGGGAGCAGGAACAAAUUGCAUGUAUGAUCUCUAUGCUGACCGACUACAUGAGCACUUUCCUCUGGAUACUGAAGCUACCUCAGAGGACACAAUCUGCUAUUUUAAGCUUAUUGCCUCUGUGGGCCACCUUGUCCGCUUUUCCAUAGUAUCCCUUCAGAUUGAAGCAGAUAACUGCAUCACUGACUCACUCACCAUUUAUGACUCUCUGAUGCCAAUCAAAGAUAAGGUACUCUACCGAGCCUGUGAACCAGCUGAUUCAUUGGUGUCACUUGUGUCCACAAAUAAUCUCAUGCUGGUAAUAUUUAAGGCAGCACAAGUAAAGGAGCAAAAAGAAUUCCAUGGCUAUUUUGAGGUCAUUACACAAGAAAGGUGUGGAAAAGCAAUAGUGACAAAAGAGGAAACUGGCUAUGAAGGGAGAAUCACAAGUCCAUAUUACCCAAGCUAUUAUCCUCCAAAAUGCCUGUGUGCAUGGAACUUCCAGACUCCACAGAAGAACCUUGGUAUAGCUCUGAAGUUCCAUAACUAUACCAUUAGUGAGAAGAAUAUUAAAGGCUGUGAACGAGGAUGGUGGAAAAUUAAUGAACGCAUGUACUGUGGUUACUAUGUCGAUCACCAAACAGUGUUCCACAUUACAAGUCCUGCUGUCAGCGUGGAGCUGCAGUGCAGUUCGAAGGUCUCUGAGAAGCCCUUGCUGGUGGAAUAUGGCAGCUAUAACAUCGGCCAACCAUGUCCACCUGGGCAUUUCAAGUGUUCUACUGGCUUAUGCAUCCAGCAGAUGCAGCGCUGCGAUGGCAUAAACAACUGCUUCGAUGAAAGUGAUGAACUCUCUUGUGUUGUCCCUGAGUGGAACUGUAACUCCAGCUUUGCAAUACAGGACAACUUGCUUGCCUGCAAUGGAGUAAGUGAUUGUGAGAAUGGAAAUGAUGAGCAGAACUGCACCCACAGUAUUCCCUGCACCAGCCACACAUUCAAGUGCAGGAAUAACAUUUGCAUUAGGAAACAAUAUGCAAGGUGUGAUGGGACUGUGGACUGUGUUGAUGGAAGUGAUGAAAGCAGCUGCAGCUGCGGCAGUAGCAAGAUCAGCAACCUCAUCUCUCGGAUUGUGGGUGGCUCAAACACUGAGGAGGGUGAAUGGCCCUGGCAGGUCAGCCUUCAUUUUGUGGGAGCUGCUUACUGUGGAGCAUCAGUGAUAUCGAAAGAAUGGCUUGUGUCUGCAGCCCACUGCUUUCAAGGGAGCAAGCUGGCUGACCCCAGAGCAUGGCGUGCCCACCUGGGCAUGCAGAUGCAGGGCCAUGCUAAGUUUGUGUCCGCGGUGCGGCGCAUCGUCGUGCACGAGUAUUACAACAGCAGGAACUACGACUACGACAUCGCGCUGCUGCAGCUGAGCACGCCCUGGCCGGACACCGUGGGCCACCUCAUACAGCCCAUCUGCCUGCCUCCCUCUUCCCACAAAGCCCGCAGCGGGGACAAGUGCUGGAUAACAGGUUGGGGCCAAAAGCAGGAAGCAGAUGAUGAAGGUUCAGCAGUUCUUCAGAAAGCAGAGGUAGAAAUUAUUGACCAGACAUUAUGUCAUUCCACAUACGGGAUUAUCACAGCUAGGAUGUUUUGUGCUGGGCUAUUGACUGGGAAAAGAGACGGGUGUAAAGGUGAUUCUGGUGGACCACUGUCAUGUCAAAGCAAUGGAGGUGGAAAAUGGUUUUUGACUGGCAUUGUGAGCUGGGGUUAUGGAUGUGGAAGACCAAAUUUCCCAGGUGUCUACACAAGAGUGUCAAAUUUUGCACCAUGGAUACACAAAUAUGUGCCUUCAGUCUUGUAACUUGAAAACUAUUUUCUUGGAAUAAAACAUGUCCUGCAUAUCUUCAUUAAAACUGUAUUUGGAGGAA